UCACAUUCUCAAUUUUUUAUACAAUUAGACGCCGAAAGGUAAUGGCAUGGCAUCCCUUCACGAACACAGAAGAAAACUGAUGACGAGGGAUGAUAACCGUUCGUUCAUCCUCUCUCCUUCUUCAGUUUAACUAACACUUCAAAAAGUGGUUCCCACUGGUAUUCCCCUCCACGGAUUUGUCGUCUCUGAUAGUCUGUGGAAGGAGAAGUCUGUUGGGAUCUGUAGUAUAUCGAUGGUCUUGUCGUCAGUUCAGAUGGGUAUCCCGUAGAUGUUCUCGGUGCUUCCAUCUCGCUCGUGCAUUCUGUCUUGUCAAAACGUAUUCUUAGACGGGGUUCCUGACAUCCCCUCCCAUUGUUCCUUCUGGAGCGGAGGUUGCUCUGGGCAACGCAAGCAUCCCUGGUCGCGGCCCGAAGCAUCUGGUAAAGAUCGACCAGAACUCGACAUCGGCGGCGAAGAGUUUUUUACAAUACAAAGCGGUCCUCCAUCUUUGCUUCACAUUGUAACAUCCAUAAUAUGCAGUUUCCUUGUCUUCUCCGUGAUCUCGUUUGCGUAAAAGCCAUGAAACUGAGUUUAGGAAAUGAUGAGAUCGUGUAGUGUAAGCGGCCAUUUUCUUUUUCUGGGGCUUUUGAUGAAUUUGGGUUGGCGAAAAGCCUCAUGCUUUUGCAUUGUGAAUCGCGGGAGGCUGUUCAAUUCUUCUCAUAAUGUAAACCAGAAAAGGGACAAUGGAUACGUCGUGAAACAAAAGAACAGAAGUUGGAGGAUUGUUUUGUCCCUUUUUUGUUAUCAUUUUACCCUCAGGGAAUGACAUUAGUGUUGCAAUUAUUGAUUUCUCAGGCACUGAUUUAGAUGGAGAAAGGCAGAUAAAGCAAUGGGAGAUGUUCUCAGUAAAGCUGCUAAUAGCGUCGGCUCUGUCGUUGGAAAUGCUCUCGCCGCUCCAUUCAAGACCAUUUUCGGCGGAUCGUGCGAGGAACUAUGCUCGGGACCGUGGGAUGUAGUUUGUUUUAUCGAGCAUCUAUGCGUCACGAAUCUGAUCAAACUCUUGCUGAUAUGUGUCCUCUGUUACAUAGGUCUACUAUUCCUGUAUCUGUUGUUCAAGCUGGGGAUUUGCCAGUGCAUAGGGAGAAGCCUCUGUAACAUGUGCUGGGUCACGUGCGAGACGUACUGGCACGCGCUGGGCCACAUUUGCUGUUUCGUGUGGUACAAGAUAUCCAGCACUAAGCGGGUAUACCGUGGGCGACGCCGCUUCCGAGACUUUGAAGCAGGACAUAGCCUGGGUGACAUAAGUUAUGAUUAUUCGAGUCGUCAUCUGAGCGCAAGUAGGAAAAGGAAACUACUCAGAGAGAGGACAGAAGGCCCUCUUGCUUCAUAUAGCAACCGUAGCCACCGGCACCAUCGCCAUCACCGCCGCAGGCAUGUGAAGCUGAAGUCUAGGUGUGUUUCUUUUGCGUCGAGGAGAGGUUCACGGAAAUCAAGGAUUUCGAGACAUCAUCAGAUAAGCACGGUACAUGCUGAAAGAAGGGGCGGAACUUUCAAGCGCCAGAGGGUCCGGUGAUGAUCAUAAUAGGUGCAGUAAAAAAAGAGAUGGUCUACCGGUGUUUCGUCUAUCUUCCGAUGAAAAAGAAAGAAUUGCAUUGACCUGACUACUACAAUAUUGAAGACAGCAGUUACAAUACAGGAACACCAAGGUAUUGUCUGCUGCAAGGUUUUUGCAUGGUGUUUAGCUGUGCGUGUGUGUGAGAGAGAGAGAGAUCUUUGAAGCACUAGCAAUAGCCAGAUCCGGGUGAGCUUAGACGGUAGAUGAGGUUCUCUUUGCAGUGAUCAAAUCGUCUAUGUCGAAGUUCCGAUGAUUCGCGUUCGGUGAGUUUUUCCGAUCUUUAUCAGCUGUGACAUUCCCAGGGAAGUACGUGCAGGAAAACAAAUUUUAGAGGCGAUCGAUCUAAUGGUAUGGACAUGUACCUGUCUGACUAUGUAUGCCCAUGUUUUAGGUUUUGAAAACUUUUAAGUAUUGACAGAAAGUUCCAUUGUUCUUACGAACUGCCAAUAUUUACCUAGAAGUCUGAAUUCAUGGUAAACAGGAUCUUACCACCAAAUUCGCAAUGAUAAAAUGUGGUGUUUCGCAUAGAAUUGCUACAUAUAGAUCGACAGUUACCGAAAUGCUCGUCACCCUAUAAUUACACUGGGCACAAGGUCAACUAAACAAUGAAACUAAUGGAGUGCGACCCUGAUCAAUCAACAUCACCAGAAAGAGGAAAAGA